AUGAACAAUCAAAACGACAGCUCUUCUUCUGCAAAUAAUGAAGGGAUUCAACGAAUGAUUCACACCAGCACUGAUAUGGACCGCAGCAAUCAAAAAAAUAUGGCGAAAAGUAUGGGAGCUCGACCCAUUAGCAUCAUUAAGGUCUAUGCUGCUAAGCAAGAAGAAUGGAAAGCUAAAAUUGGUGCAGAGAGCAAGAGUUUCACCAUGGAUACACUGUAUCAGACAAAAAAAAACCCCAGUUUCUUUUUGAUAGAGUAUGUGUCUAAGCGCGGCAAAAAUUAUCGAAGACAGUCAGUCAAUGGUUAUAUGAAAGUUGUAGCCAGCAUCUACAAUACAAAAAAGGCACUUGGAUGGAACAAUAAUGGUUUAACAAGGGGGCCAUUAGUCAAAAAUUCUUUGGAUACGUCGGAGAAAGAGAAAUUCAAGAUACAGACUGUGCUUUCUUAUAAGCCAUGCAAUAUUAUACAUAGUCAAAUUGAUCUUGGUAUGAAAUUUACUGAUCUGAUUUCUCUGGAAGUGGAAAAUCAAGGGUUAACCCAGUGCAUUGCUUUGGUGGCAACUAUAUCGCAUGUAAAAACAAGUUAG